AUGGCUCCCACGCCUGGCACUCUCCGGCCGGGUGCCGGAUUCUGCCUUCAGGCCAAGAGCAGUGGCACCCCACCUGGCCGAUGGUUCCUGAACAUGACCAUGCACAAGCUCGUUGAAAUGCCUCGGGCCUACAGUGGCCAAAAGGUCACCAAGGAGUGGAUUUUGGCGCAUGGCAUCGCGAACCUGCAGGUGCCCUUUGACAUGGGCUCUUUCCGAAAGGUGAAGGGCGAGCGCGCCGAGGGUGCGCGGCACACAACGUGGUGCAUCGAUGUCGUCUUUAAUCCUCUGAUCGUGCAGCUCUUCAUUGACGACGGCUUCUGCAACGCCAUGGAGUCGUUUCGGCCCUUUGUCAUCGGCCUCACCUUGAAGAGGAUAGAGGAAAGCCUUAAUGUGAAGUUGGUGGCAUCGUCCAUCAAGUUGAUCAAAGAGUUUAGAUAUAAAGAUGGCGAAGAGGGCGGCAACAGCGUGCCACGGGAGUUCCGAGAGCUACCUGACGACCAGGAUUGCUUCGACGAGGAGCUUCCAAAAGCUGAGCCUCCGUCAGAAGAGCCUCCAGCCGUUCUCAUCGAGGACAUCACGCCUGGAUACAGCAAGCCGCCAGUGCUGAAGAAGGGCUUCCUUAAGAGCGGCAAGGCUGAUCUCUACGGACCCGAAGGAUCCAAAGAGGGCGUUCUGCCAGAGAAUGCCGGCGACCCGCUCGGCUACAUACCGAAAGGACUCCGGAAGCAGUGUAAGAUCGUCGACACAGGGAGCCCUGAAUAUCAGGCGCAACAGAAGGAAAGAGAAGCGGCAGAGGAGAACAAUCGAAUGCAGCAGGAGUUCCGCGACUCGAUCCUCGGCGAUCUGGACAAGUGGACGAAGAAAGCUGAGAAAGACCGUUGGGAAGCAGACCUUCCCGAUGGCACGGAGCCAAUGUCAACAGCGAAGUACAACAACGACUACUCAAGGUUCGACAGCAUUGUCGAGGAGCCCGAGAAGCAAGAGCUUGAAAAGAGAGACUACUACUUCGAUCAGAAGGGUGUGCCGCAGAAGUUCGACGCCAAGCCGCAGAAAAGUGGCACAGAUGCGGAUGUGGCACAGGUUCUGCAGAAGGGCUUCCUCGAGAACGCAAAGAAAGCCCUGUAUCCGAAAGGAUCCGAGCAGGCGCCCACAGCGCCGAAUGCAAGCAAACUCGAGGACAUUGAGCAGCUGGCGAAGCUCAGUGAAGGGGAGCUGAUGGAGAGGAUAGCAGACAUGUCGCCGGACGAAAAGUCCAUGAUGGAUGACCUGCGAUCCUUGAUCGAGAACAAGGUGACAGCAGCUACAGCGUCUCCGAGUGAGCCGUCCAGGCCAAAGGAGCCCGAGCGACAGGCAGCAGAGCACUCUCUCACCGAGGGGGAGGGAUCGUUUCUGCUGGCCAUCUCCGUGCCGGAGUUAGAGUCGAUGAAGGGCGUGGACCUGGACGUGACAAAGGAGGCCGCGACGGUGGUCUUCCCAGCCUCGGCAAAUCUGCGACCUCUGCAGGUGAAGCUCCCGAAAGCAGUCUUGCCGUCGCAGGUGCGGGCCAAGUUCUCUCGGAAGACGCACCAGAUCAAUGUGACGAUGCCAACCGAGUGA